CUCGGGAGACUUGGUCUGCUCCAAAAAUCUCAGCCGACGUUAGCCACAGACACAGAAACGGGGAAGAUAAACAUACACUCAUUACUUGGUUUUAGGGUGGGUUUCAAUUUUUUUUUACAUCUUCCUGUCUGCUUUUUGCCUUGAUCCAUUCUCUUCCCGCCGAGGUCGGAUUGAGCCCUUCUCCCUAUUUCGAAUUUGAUCAACCCAUCUUUGGCUGCAAACCCACAUCUUUUUGACAGGAGAUGAAAAUUGAGUCUUCGAAGAAAUAUUAGGAUAUAUUUUCAAUCAUUUUGGUGCCGAGGGGGAGGCUAGAGCUUAGUUUUAUAUUGAGACAUCACGCCGGCUGCAAGCAGAGAAUGCUUUCCCCUGCCAGGACCUGAUGCAAUCCAUUCAAGCCAACAAGUUUGGAGAGAAUGUUGAGUUCAAUCAAUUCAGAACGUCGAGAUGGAGCCCAACUCACUCCAGUGGGUCGGCUCACCGUGUGGCUUACACGGACCUUAUAUUUUCUAUAAGGCUUUUCAAUUCCACCUUGAAGGAAAACCAAGAAUCUUGUCCCUUGGCGACUUUUUCUUUGUAAGAUGUACGCCAAAGGAUCCGAUUUGCAUAGCGGAGCUCCAGCUGUUGUGGGAAGAAAGGACCAGCCGGCAACUUUUAUCCAGCUCGAAACUUUAUUUCCUUCCCGAAGACACUCCCCAAGGCCGAAAUAGCGACCAUGGCGAGGACGAGGUCAUCGCCGUCUCUGAAAAGGUGAUUGUAAAGCUCGAGGACCUCGUCAAAUGGGCGCAUUCUGAUUUCUCCAAGUGGAGGUGUGGGCUCCGAGCCACUCCGGUGAAGACCGAGGGCUUUGGGAGAAAUGGCCAGAAGGAGGCUCUGCUCAGGUACAGGCAGUCAACCCUUAACAGUGGGCUCAACUUCAAAGACGUUCUCAAGGAAAAGGCUGAUCUCGGGGAAGAUGAGGAAGAAAACAACGUGAUUGUGCUCAGUUACCCUCAGUACUGUCGGUACCGGUCCAUGCUUAAACGCAUCCAGGAUAAGCCAUCGUCCAUCCUCACGGACCAGUUUGCGUUAGCCCUGGGGGGCAUCGCAGUGGUCAGCAGAAACCCCCAGAUCCUGUACUGCCGGGACACCUUUGAUCAUCCCACUCUCAUCGAGAACGAGAGUGUGUGUGAUGAGUUUGGUAAGUGUCUGUCUUUUACUCUAUUCGAAACGUGUUCGCAUGAGAAGCCAUUCUCAGUUCCCAGAGUGAACAGUGCUGGGGUCAGGGCUUAG